AUUAUAAAAUUAUUAUUGCUAGAAAUGUAAUCGUGAUUUUAGAAAUAGGCAUUAAAUAAAUAUCAACUACAUAUUAUAUUGAAGGUAGAUGAAGAUUCUGUGUAAUUAUACAGAAAUUUGUACCUACCUACAUUCUAUUUUAACACUAUGGCACCAUCUUUUUCCAGACUCUUUCAUUUCAACCAUCGCUCAGUUGCUGUGUGCACAUUAUGUGAAAUUGUGUUUCACUACUAGAAUACAAAUAAAAAAUAUAUUACCAAAUAAAUCACUAAUAUGUUCAAAUUAGUUUUACGUCUGUUUGUGUACGUGGUUGUAGUUUUACCUGUCUUACAAGUAAAUUGCAAAACGGCCGACAAAAAUGUAGGAGGUCAUUACACUUCCAAAGAUAAAGUUACAGGCCACGCACACAAAAAAGAGAGACCAUGCGACAUAUGCCCUCGGCAGGGGAAAUGUGUCCCCAAGGUCCAGUGUCCGGCGCACGUCAGACCUCAUUCGUACAACCCCGAAUGCCAUUUGGAAACGGUCGGUCUUUUGGGCGUAUGCUGUUUUACUGGUAGUGGACAUGCAGCGGAGUCAGAACUGAAGUUCCGUGCAGCCGCUUCGGUGACCGCGGACGAUGUGAAGUCGGCCCAUCACCAGUCACGCCAGAAGUUCGAGCAGUGGAUGAGCAGGGCGGACAAAUUGUUGCAACACAAAGACGUAGUGAUCAACGAGACAGCUCCAAGUUUUGCUCAUCAUCUGUCAGUGAUGACGUUAGACAAGAGAGCGGAUACACUGGGCCGCGGUGGUCUACUGAACCUGUUCGCCGCCCAGGAGUUGAAGUCUCGUCAGGCGAUAUCUGAUGACCAGCUCUCGUUAGGACUCACCGAGCAUACAGACGGUCCAUUUUGCCCUCCACCAAUUCCCUGCUCGACGCCUGCUAGCCGCUACAGGAGUAUCGGUGGUGAAUGCAAUAAUCCAGUUCACCCUAGCUGGGGGGCCAUCCAUACUGGUUACGAGAGGUUGCUACCACCUGACUAUAGUGACGGUACGUGGGCUAUGAGAGCUUCAACGAUCGGUCUACCUCUGCCGAGUGCGCGCACAGUGAGCGAAAGGUUGAUACUGGACGGAAGCCACCAGAGUCCCACACUCAAUCUCAUGUUCAUGCAGUUCGGGCAGUUCAUUGCUCAUGACACUACGGCUGGUGUCAUGUUCACUAUAGGAAACGGCAGUGCCAUAUCGUGCUGUUCCGGCGAUGGCCAAGCGUUUUUGCCUAUAGAACUACAGCAUUGGGCUUGUGCACCUAUUACUGCUGAUCCCAACGAUGACUUUUACGGUCAAUUCCAUCAUCAGUGCCUGAACUUCCUGAGGACACAAUUGGCUCCGGCGAGCGACUGUUCCGUUGGUUAUGCCAAGCAGAUGAAUGGUGCAACUCACUUCCCUGACCUAUCCCAUCUAUAUGGUAACUCUGAGGAGAAGGUGUCACAGCUGCGCGCUCCCGGUGGUGUACUGAACACGUUCAAUGACUUCGGAAGGGAAUUGCCUCCUCUUACAGACAGGAAAGAAUGUCUCGCAUCGAAAGAUGGUGCCGCUUGUUUUGAAUCAGGAGAUAGUCACGGCAACCAAAUCAUUUCUCUAACGGUUUUGCACACCAUCUGGACGAGGGAACACAACCGGGUGGCGAGAGCCCUCGCCAGGCUCAACCCCGGCUGGGGUGAAGACACCAUCUUCAUGGAAACUAGAAGAAUACUCCAGGCUGAGUACCAGCACAUCAUUUAUAACGAAUUCUUACCGUUGCUUAUAGGGCGGAAGUUAAUCCAAGCAUUCAACCUGUCACCAUCCCCAGUAUACUCCCAACUGGGGUCGUACGACCCCAACGUGAACCCCUCCCUCACCGCCGAGUUCGCGACCGCCGCCAUGAGGUUUGGCCACUCUGUGGUCGACAGCAACAUUGAGAUACCUGACGCGAAAACAGGCGGUGUCUAUGAAACGAUUUCCAUCCCCGAGGUGAUGUUUCAGCCCUCAAGAUUGAGGCUCAAGCAGUUCUUAGACCGUCUGCUGACCGGUCUCGCCUAUCAAUCGAUGCAGACUGUCGAUCCGUUUGUUACUGAAGGGUUGACCCGUUACCUAUUCCAUGGAGGGAAUCCUUUCGGUUUGGACUUGGCGUCGAUCAAUAUUCAGCGCGGUCGCGACUACGGCGUCCGCUCUUAUAAUGAAUAUCGGCGGCUGAUUGGCUUGGAACCCUAUGUCGACUUCAAGCAGUUCCCACCUAGUGCUGCACAAAGACUGUCUUCUGUGUACACAAGUCCAGAAGACAUAGAUUUAUGGGUGGGAGGUCUUCUGGAAGAAGAAGUAGAAGGUGGUGUGGUUGGUCCCACUUUCGCCUCUAUCCUGGCUGAUCAGUUUCUCAGAAUCAAGAGAGGCGAUAGAUAUUUCUAUGAGCACGGACCUGAAGUAAACCCGGGAGCUUUUACACCGAGUCAAUUGGCAGAAAUAAAGAAGGUGACAAUGUCCAGAAUAAUCUGCGACAAUCGGGACGGGAUAGAGUUGUUUGCGCAACCACCCAACGCUUUCUUGAGAGGUAAUCUUCCUGGGAAUGAAGCUGUGCCCUGUGAGAGUCUUUUGAUCCCGUCCAUGGAUCUUAGUAGAUUUAAGGAAAUUUAAUUUAAUAUAAUUUUCUUUUUGUAUACGAAGGAUAAUAUCAAAUGAUCUGUGAUCAUACGUGUUCUUUAAAAUUUUUAUGCACAACUACCUAAUCCAUUGAAUGGAAUUUUUUAAUAUUGUUUUAAUAAAUACUUUAUCACAGUUGGUUAAAAGGUAUGUCUAUAAAGUUGGAUUUUUGAAGUGAAAUCCAGUAAUUAUAUUUUCUCUUUAUUAUUUGUUUGAUUUUCUUUGUUUACUUCUUCGUCUACUAUUACCUUAAUUUCAUUUUUAAAUACAUUUAAGUUAAUUUCAACACGAUUUCAGCGCUUGUUUUUGUCAUCAUCAUUGGCUAUGAUUUUGUGAUCAUUAUUUGAACAGUCUCUGUCGCAAAAGUGAUCAUUCUAUUUUAUUUUUUUUUUAAUUUAAUUAUGCACGUGUAACAAUUAUUUACCUUUUGCGACAAAGUCGAGUACUUUGAUUGUAUCUGUUUAAUUAGCAAAUUGAUUGUUUGAUAUGACUCGAGUCUUUUGACGUUUUUCUGUUUUCAUAUAAAUAUUAUUCUUAAGUACGUUUGAUCUGGUAUCACACUGAAGCCCGAACAGUGGGAAACUAGAUAUUUUAUUGUGAAAAACGUCUAAAAAUUUGGGUUUUACACGGAUUUCCGAUUAUCUCGAGUGCUAUGUUUCAUUUUUAGUCAGUUUUUCAUUAUUAUUGGAUUUCAUUUCAAUUUGGUUUAGAACUGUACUUGAUUCAAUGAUUUUUUCUUACAUAAAAAAUCCAGGAGUCAGGGUUCAUAGUUGGUAACUGUGAUAAAGUUUUUUUUUUUAAAUAUUAUAUUUUUGUGAAUAAAAGAUAACAAAAAAGCGAUUUUGUCACAUUAAUCUGUUACAUUCCAUAGAUUUAUAACGUAUUUAUGUAAAAAACAACAGAAUGGCAAAGAAGGUGCGGCAGAUGCUUUGAUUUUAGUGUUUAGUAAUGAAUUAUAUUUAAUAUUACAGCAUGAAUGUGUGAUGUAGACAGAACUAUUUUAUGUAUUUGUUACUGUAAGAGCCCGUGCAUAGGUAAAUCUUAAGUUUUACCAGUAAUUUUUAGGAUUUACCAAUGUAAGUUGGCAAAUGUGAGGACUUUAUAAAAACAAAAUAAUUUUUGGGUAUCUUUCACGAAACCAAACUUAACCUACAUUUUUGACCUUUUCUUUUCUUUACAGUACUAGACAUAAUUUUAGACAUGUUGAGUGUGUGAUGCUCGUGCUCAUGGUCAGAAAGGUAGGUUAGGUUUGGUUUGCUAAAAGAUACAAAAAUGAUCUUGACCUUUUUUUUUCUUUAUUGUGCUAAACAUAAUUUUAGACAUGUUGAGUGUGUGAUGUUCGUGCUCAUGGUCAGAAAGGUAGGUUAGGUUAGUUUUAAUUUGGUGAAAGAUACAAAAAUUAUAUUGUUUGUAUAAAAUCCUCACAUUAACCAACUCACAUUGGCAAAUCCUAAGAAUUACUGGUAAAACUUAAAAUUAACAUAUUAAUAAUUAUUUUCUUGUAAAUAAGAAUGUUCCAUAUGUAUUAUGAUUAGUAUAUAUAUAUUUGAUUGAAAUUCAUUGAUUGAUUGAUUGAUUGAUUGAUUCAAGUAUGCAUUGUAAUCAUUUGUAUUUUUAAUAAUUGUAAAUAAUAAUUAGAAAUUAUGAAAUAUGAAUUCGUCAUGCCUUUCUUGAUCGUUAAUAAUGAUUGAAGGAUCCAGCAAGCGAACAGAGCUCCAACGCAUGUUUUGUGAAUUUUAUUCUUUAUGCUAAGAGUUU